AUGCGGCUUAUCGACGUUUCAACGAUAACGCUCAAGGAUUUUGUUGGGCAAAAUAUCCCGCGCUACGCCAUCUUAUCCCAUACCUGGGGCGAAGAUGAAUUGCUCUUCGAAGACCUGAAUCGAGGUACUCCAAAAAGAGGACUUCAGAAAGUCCUCGAUACCUGCAGACAAGCCAAGCUUGACAAUAUUGACUACGUCUGGGUCGACACUUGCUGCAUUGAUCGGUCCAGCAGCGCAGAGCUCUCAGAGGCUAUUAACUCCAUGUUCAAGUGGUACAACAAAUCGGCCGCCUGUUACGUAUACAUGGAAGAUGUUGUACUCGCACAAGAUGGAUCGACCAUCAACAUGGUCAACUUUGAUAGUAGCAGGUGGUUCACCAGAGGUUGGACGCUUCAAGAACUUAUUGCGCCGCACGAGUUACAGUUUUUCGAUCGCGACUGGAAGAAAAUGCAAAGCAGGCAUGAGCUCGCGCAGAGGCUUUCAAACAUUACCGGAAUCCAUACGGAUAUACUAUCACGAAGACAUCGACUUGAACGCCCGGUUCUUCUUCUCCGUCGAAAUAACCACAGCACAAAUUGCCCUGCAUGCAAGGCCUACGAUGGCCUUGCCUUGUACCUAGGGAACGAGACCAUUGCCACAAAGAUGAAGUGGGCCGCGAACAGGGUGACGACCCGUGAAGAGGAUAUAGCCUACUGUCUGCUGGGAUUGUUUGACAUCAACAUGCCCCUAUUAUACGGGGAGGGGAAAAACGCAUUCCUGCGGCUUCAGGAAGAAAUCUUAAGGAAAGCCCCUGACCAGACUAUUUUGACCUGGACCGAGUCGUUCCUAAGACGCGGGAGGCAAAUAUCGUAUUUGCCUGAACAUCCAUCCUCUUUCCAAUUUGAAUUAGGAAAAGGCACCGACGGUCGAUUCGCACGAAAUGACAUCAUCAUCACACCCAGAGGCUUGGAAGUUGAUGUGAUGCUUGGACCUUGCGUUGUAACACGAUUUCACGACAACCAAACGGAGAAACAAUUCAACAAAUGGUUGGCAGUCCUCAGUUGCCCUGUUGAUGUGGACCAUACUUCUCGAGUGGCCAUUCUCGUGGUCCCAAUCGACAAUGAAUCUCCCGCCGCAGGCUAUCGACGAGAGCACAAGGAAUCGCUAAUAGCGUUAAAAGCUGGCGAGAGGCCUCGAGUUUUAGAAAAUAUUGUCCCAUCGUUUCCAUCCAUACGUCGGCAGCCAGGCGAUAUGUCAGUUGAUUGCAAUUUCGAUGAGUUUACGCCGCAGACGAUUUAUCUACCAUCUUUGGAGCUCUCCCUCGGGUCCUUUGAAGAACGCCGACAGGUCAAGAUGGUAUUUCAUGGAUAUGGCAAUUGGCACUUGGAGGCCCAAGAACCUCAUUUCCUCAGGGGAGAGGCAAUACUUAAACCGGAGUUCCUCGUCGGAGAAAGUCUCAUUGACAACAUUAGAGUCGCCGGUGUCUUCUUCUUUGCCAACGAUGAAACUGGAUUUUUUGUCGUCUGGGGCGUCACAGGCUCAGACAGCUACGAACGCGGAUUAUCUAACGCUCAUCAGGUGUGUUGGAUUGAGCCUUGGGAAUCUUUUUUUCAUGGUGACCUAUCUUGUUUGGCUACGGGUGAUGGGAUGGAUGAGACUCUGCGAACUGUGCGGGAGAAUUAUGUCAAACAGUACACGGAACACCCGUUUGUUAAGCCUGCGUCAGAGCUGAUGGGGUUGGGCUUCCACGCCAAAGCCUGCAUUGAGCUUUCUGAAUUUUUAGGCAGGAAAUGGUACACAAUUAGUGUUAAGAUCGAACAGACAUAA